AUGAGCUACAAAGUAAGUUUUGGAAGCUUUAGCAAACCCGUUUUAAAAUUAAUGCAUUCUAAAAAAGCCAGGCAAGUAGGAUUGUUUGGAAUUGAAGGCAUGCUCAACGUUUAUUUUUCAGCUAACGUUGGUGUCUAUAAUUCAGAUCUUCGUGCCUUACAAAAUGAUAAGAGGCAUUUCUUCCUUCUUGCUUGUUGCUCAACACAUAAAUUCUACAUCGGUGAUGAAGAGGCGAAAAACAAAGGAAACAAGUUGAAUGAUAACUCGUCCGCAAUUGUCCUAACAUAUCAAGUGCAUUAUACUUUAGCUAAAAGAGAUAACAGGAUACUGACAAUUGCCGGAUUUGCUAACGCAGAAUGCUCGAAACGAUGCAUUGCACUCAAAGCAAUAAUUUUAAAAGCUAGUUUUUUACCGAACUAUCUAAGAUUCAUGAGAUUUCCAGGAAAUGCACCAUAUCUGCAUAGGCUCAGAAUCAACCUUUUACAACUGCAAUUGACUGAUAAGUGUUCAUCAAAUCCUGCUAAUUGUUUGCAGUUAGUGAUAAUUUAUGUUUUGGCGUGUAGAUUAUUUGCCGAAGCGGUUAGACAGCAAGCUGGAUUCAUCUGCUGGAAUGAUCCUAAUGUAGUGAGUAUGGCCAUGGCAGAAGAGACACUUAAAUAUUUUUAUUUCAAUUUUACAUAG